CUCAUCAACAACGAUCAAUUAUGAAGAUGUUAAGAGUUUACAGUUCAGAAUCCAAAGAAAAUGCCUUGAAAACUUCACAGUUGCGCUCAUAAAAUUAUUUAAUUGAUAUACAUAUGAAUCAUACAAAGUAUCACUAUUAAAUAUGGCUCAUGUUAGAGAGACUAUAAAAUUGCUUUCCAAAAUACUGCUGCAAAAUGGAACGAGUGAAAUUUCUCCAGAAAUGUUCAGACAGGCAAAAUUCAACAAAAAAGAGGCUGCACCAGUGUUAUGGAAAUUAAUGUUCCAGUUGGUAUAUUUUUGUAACUUUGGAAUUAUUGAUGAAUCCGCAGUCAAAGCUGAAACAGAGUUAACACAGGAGGAAAGGUGUGUGUAUGUAAAACAAGAAUUACAAAAAUGGGGAUAUCUAUUACCAGAUUUUGCAUGUUUAUCACCAGACGGCAAUACUGGAAGUCGUGAGCUAUUAUUAGCUCUAGCCUGGUUGAUCUGUAAGGAAGAUAUUAUGGAGAAAUUUAUGAACAACUGUACUUCACCAAUAGAGUAUGAUUCUAAUUUACUAUUUGAGGAGGAAAUGAAAUUAGCACCGUCUGUUAAGAAAUGUGAUAUAAAAGAACCAAGUUGUAAAGUACAAAAGCUGCUGAUGUUAAAUGGUAAACUACAGUUAAAUCUGAGAAGAUUAUAUUCUUUACAGAUUCAAGAUGUUAAUCUUAGCCACAAGGUUCAUGAAUCUACACAGGGUGUAUCAAUGACAUCUUAUAGAAACCAUUUAACACCUAUGGAAGUUCGACUACUCAGACAUCCAGCUCACUUAAAAAAGAUGCUGCAUUUAUUAGAAAAAGACAAUGAAAGAAUACAGAAUUUAUUAUUAUGGAAAGAUCAGGAACAUAUAUUUUGGCAUUGGAUGGAAAGUGUACUUGAAUUAAAACUAAGUGAAGAAGAUAUCUCUACAUCGCAUAGAGGAAUACCUGUAUAUUUAAAUCUACCAUCUGAUUGUAAUGAAAGAAUAAACAGUACAAGACAACAUUUAGUAGAAACUAUUUUACAAUAUGAAGAUAUAAUAGAUCAAUUAGAAAAUCUAUGGACAAGAAAGCAUGAAGAUAUCAGUGAACAAGAUUUAGAUAAUUUAUUGACAUCCAUCAAUAUGGAAAUAGCACUACAACGAGCUAACUUAUCACUAUCUGCUACUGAAACUAUGUUAAAACCUCCAAAAGAAACCAGAUUUAUUCUACAAGACAGAACAAAGAAAACUGCUGCCAGACAAUCCAAACAUCUGGCUCCUGCUUUUUCAAUUGGACAAGGAGAUGGUCAAAGUGUUGAUAUUAAUGUAGCUAUUGUUGAUAUUGAGAGACGUAUAGAAAAUUUAGAACAUGAUUUAUUGGUUGAUCAAGGUAUUUGUAAAACAGAAGUGGAAAAUCUGGCCAGUAAAAUACCAGAUACUAUCUGUAUUCCACCUCUAGCAUUUAAAAGACGGGUUUGAAUCUCAAUUUUUUAAUUGGAAAACCUUACAUUCCUCAACAUGAUUACUCUAUUUUACAAAAAUCAAAAUGUAUAAUUUUUAAUUUAUUUGUUUCUUGUCCAUUGUUGUUGUUGAAAUAUUUUAGGUUUUUUAAACAUUAAAUGAAAUUUAAUAUUGUAGAUAAUAUUUUCAUGUAAUAAUAUGGAAGUUGCAUUAAUUUAAUUUCACAACCUAGUUAGUUAUUUAAAUGAAAUGAAUAGUAGUAUGUCAACCAUAGAAUUCACAUUUUAUUAAAUUCAUGGUUCAAGUCUCUGAAUGUCAUUUAAAGAAUCCUUUGCAAACUACAUAUUGUGAAAAUUGAAUCUCUAAAAAGAAUGUAAACCUAAAAAAACAGUCAGUAUUCGCUAUCAUCGGCAGAAGAUAUAAAAUGGGAUAUGGUAAAAAGUGAGCACCACCUGCUAUUGUUUUUAUGGCCGUCUUAUUAAUCCAUUUGAAACCAAGUUGGAAGAUUAUCAAGUGUUGAUGUUUUGAUUUGUUAAUUAAAUGUUAAAUAAUCAUUUUAAGUACAUUUUAAAAUGGAUUAAUCUGUGAAAUAUAUAUUUAUAUAUAUACAUGUAUAUAUAUUUUUUUUUCUAAAAAUGCAAAUGAUGUAUAGAGACUUUCCAUAUUUUUCUGUAUAUGUUUUAGAUUUUAAUUACGAAUAGAAUUAAAUAUUUUAACAAUUUAGGUAGAUAUUGCUUUGGAUUAAAGAUACAUUAUGUAAGAUUUAGAUCAAGAGCUGACCAUUCUUGCUAUAAUAAUUAAAAAAUGGAUAAUGUAAAAUGAAAAUAUUACAAAUUUCAUUCAAAUUACUUCAUUCUGAGCCAAGUUUGUAGCUUUGGCAAGAUGUGUGCAUAGUGGCAACCAGGGCACUGGUAUAUUCGAAACUUGACCUCGCUUUCCCAUUUUUUAAUUAAGUUUUAAAAUGGUGAACCGUUCUAAUCUACUUAAAAUCUUGAGUAUCCGAUGCCAACGAGAGUUGAUUAUGGUCUUGUUUUGUUAAUCAAUGUCUAAUUAAUAGUUUAUAUAUCAUUUCAGGCCUAAAGAAAGACCUGCAAUAGGCAGAUUUAGCUCUUGCAUAAUGUAUGUUUAAUUAUCAUACACAUUUGUAUCAUUCACUUUUGGUUUUGUACAUAAUCUAGUCAGCAUUUUGCUCAACAUAAUUCUCACAGGAGUGUUAAUAUAUUGUGAGGUUUUAAAUGAUGAUUUUAAAGAAUUCUUUUUGCAAAGAGUUUUCCAUGUACCAGUUAGCAUAAACCUUGAUGAAUAUCCGUCCAUGCACUCUUAUUCAUUGUAGUAUGCCUUACACAGCCGUAAAUGAACACUAAUAUCAGUUGAACUUACUUAAAGGGGCAUUAUGGCAGAUUAGAUAAAGAGUUGAAAGUUCUUGCUGUAAUAGUUACAAAAUAGAAAACAUAAAGAGAAUAUGCUGAAAAUUAUUUCAGUCAAAUUGCUUCACUCUGAACCGAGAUAUUAGCGAUUGAAUUUUAGGCCUAGUCUUUAUCAUCAUUACUAAAGUCGGUACAAUAAAAAACUAAAGUCUUGAUUAUCCAUUUUGAGGUUAGUCAUUCAUCACAAAAUGUAUUCAAAUCCAGUAAAUAUAUCAGGCUAGCGAUGACAUAGAGAGUGGAUUAUGAUCUGGAUAAGUUAAUUAAUGUCUAAUUAAUAAUUUAGAAAAGAUUAUAGGUCUAAAGAAAGACUUGCAAUAGGCAGAUUUAGCACUGGCAUAAUGUAUGUUUAUGUGAAUGUUCAACCUCAAAUGAGUAUGUAACAGCUAUCAUUUAUGUGCUAGUAUUUGAUUAUAAAUAGUCAUGAAUGUAAUGUUCUCUUUUUAUCUAUCAAAUAAUGAAGCUCUUUAAAAAAUCUGAAUUGUAGUAAUAUUUAUCUCAAGUAUUAAAAUGAUCAAAAAACACAAAACUUUUUUGGGGGAUGCCCCGCCAAUCUAUUUUAGCCAUCUACAGCUCUGUCUGUAGUUGCCAUGAGUCACAAUUGUUUUUGUUAUUAUUAUUGUUAUAUUUAUUGUAUUUGUUUUAUGGAAUAUUAUU